UAAAGCUUGUAAACGUCUAACUUCGAUCAACAAGCCUUGCCCUAUUUCUGUUGCAAAUUCUAUAUCCUUUUGUCGACCUUUUGCGUUGUUACGUUCACGUCUUGAGAGUUUUGGCCCCGCUGCUGCGGGCGUUGCAGUCGUUUCUGCGUCCAAAGCAGCGUUUCUUGAAGCUUUAAGAAAUUCUUUAAAGAAACCUCGACUUGCUGACGUCGCUGCAGUAUGUUAUGUCGAUAUAUGUAAAGCUUCCACCUAUAUUGCCAAGAAUGAAGCUUCCGCUUUAAGACCAUUUACAAAUGAUCAACAAAUUGAUCAAAAACUUAUGACUGAGUGUUUGACAGCUUUAUUCAGAUUAAAUAAAGAAACUUUAGAAAAUUUGAUUCCAGUUUGUUUAGCUGAAACUGCACCAACUACGUUUAAAUUAGUGUUAGUGAAAAGUUGCUAUGCUAUCGCUUCAGAGGAAAAUAGGUUUCCAUGGAAUCCGCAUCUUUCUUCGGUAUAUUCAAUUCUUGCGGUACCUUUACGUAAAUUAUUUCAUCAAUACAUUGCUAGUCGAGAUAGAAAUAAUGAUCCAAGAAGAAGGAGGUUACCAAGAGAGAGAGCAGAUGAGUUGAAUGAAAAAAUGGAAAUAAUAUUAAAUAUAUUGAAAUUAUAUAAGUCGGAUCCUAUGCUUGCUCUUGUGUAUAGUGAUCCUAAUGAAAACCCUGAGGAGAUUCGGUUGGUUAUUCAUGGAAUGACUCUAUGUGUUAAUGAUUAUAAUAGUGCAAUUCGGACCACUGCAGCAGAAACUUUGUUAGAAUUGCAUAAUAUGGAACUGAUUGAACAAUGGGGUCCAAAGGAUCGAAAAAUGCGUAAUUUUUGGACAAUUAGUUCCCAAGUAAUGCUCGUUAUUUCUCGACAGAUUUUGGAUUUCAAAGAACGUGAUGAAGGAACAAAGUAUUUGCUUGAACUUUUACUUCAACUCUUCAAUCGUCGAAAUGAAUUUCUGAAAGCUCAUAAGGAUGAAACGAAUGUUGGAAUUAAUGCACCUGAACGUCUCGGUUGCAAUGUUGCAUUGGAAAUUGCUUUGUUAGUGUUAUUGUGUUCUGCAGAUACGGAUAUAUGUCAAAUGGCGGUGAAUUGUUUCCGUCAUUUAUGUAUUGAAGCUCAGUUGACUACGGAACUUGCGUCUGAUGAAGUUGAUGUACAAUCAGCACCUCCAUCUGAAUUACCAAUUGUAGAAAAUAUGAAU